AUGCUGCGGACAGAGGAGUUGCCGGUGGCCAGUUCUGGACGGCCGGAGUGCGGUGACCGGAGGGAGCUGGAGAAGCUGUACAUCUGCUCAGGCUGCGGCCUGGCCUUCGCCCCAUCAUCUGAGCAGCCGGGCCACAAGUGCAUGCAGCCAGAAGCUUACCAGCAACAGGCAGAGCAGCGGCGACACCUCCUGUACCCGGGGCCGGAGGAGGACGAGGAUGAGGAAGGUGGAGGAGGAGCUGGUUCGGUGCCUGGCCAGCCCUUUGUGUGCGGGGGCUGCGGCCUGGUGUUCACCCGGCCCACCGAGCGGGAAGCUCAUGGCUGCGGCCGCCACCUGGAGCGCCCCUGCCACUUUGUCUACCCGUCUUCGCUGGCGGCUCAGCCUCCUCCGCCGCCCCUCCCCCAACCUCGGAGGCACGGGGUCCCUGGGCCCGGCAAGCUGUACCCUUGCCUGGCCUGCGGCCGGGUCUUUGGCCGCUCGUCCAACCUGGCCCGCCACCGGCGCAGUCACACCGGGGCCCAGCCCUACCAGUGCGGCGACUGCGGGAAGAGGUUCAACUACCCGUCAGAGCUGGAGACCCACCAGCGGGUGCACACCGGCGAGCGGCCCUUCACCUGCGCCGUCUGCGGCAAGGGCUUCACCCAGUCCUCCAACCUGCUGACCCACCAGCGGGUCCACACCGGCGAGCGGCCCUUCACCUGCUCGCUGUGCGGCAAGGGCUUCACCUGCUCGUCCAAGCUGCUGACCCACCACCGGGUGCACACCGACGAGCGGCCCUUCUCCUGCCCGGUCUGCGGCAAGCGCUUCAAGAGCUCCAAGGAGCUGAUGAUGCACCAGCGGAUCCACACGGGCGAGCGGCCCUUCCGCUGCCAGCACUGCGACAAACGCUUCACCCGUUCGUCCGACAUGCUGACCCACCAGCGGGUGCACACGGACCGACGGCCCUUCUGCUGCCCGGCGUGCGGCAAGCGCUUCAAGAGCUCCAAGGAGCUGAUGCAGCACGAACGGGUGCACACCGACGAGAGGCCCUUCCUGUGCGGUCUCUGCCCCAAGCGCUUCAUGUACUCCUCCAACCUGCUGAGGCACCAGCGCAUCCACCUGGAGAGGGCCGAGGCCAGGCCUCCAUCACCACCUCCUCCUCCUCUCCCGGCCGCCCCCGUCCCUGUGCCAGCCCCCCGCUCUCCGCCACACCUCAACGUACUGCUACGGCCUGACUGCUGAGGGCGGACAAGGGGGACAGGCCGGGUGGGAGGGGAAGGCACAGACGGUGAGAGAGAGAGAGAGAGCAGCAGGAGGCGAGGUUGGGGGAGGAAGGCUGAAAUGUGGGGCGAGCGAAAGAUAGAGCCAGGAUGUGGUCCGGGAUGACGUGAGGGAAUGAGAGAGGGAGAGGUGGCACGAAG